UACUUGUGGAAGAUCACAGCUCCCACUUUGCCGCAGGACUAAUAUUCAUAUAGGAGCACAUAGUCUGCUGUUUAGGGGAGGAACACGGCUCACAGAGGAGGUAGAUAACGUCGAGGAGGACUUAGAGCUGCAUGGGGGAAUAGUAUCAUCACAUCUGAGCCUGCGCAGGAUGGCAGAUCCUGCCGAGCGCGGUGCGGUGGCGCCCCCUGCUGUGUGAGCGAGAGACGGCGCCAUGGGCAACCUGCUGGAGGAGGGCAUGAACGAGGUCAUCGUCAGCCACUACAACCACUCGGGCAAGUGGGAGCGGCCCCGCGGCGGCGAAGGCGGCUGCAAGACGGCGGUGCUGCUCCUCAUCUGCGUGCUGAUCGUGCUGGAGAACCUGACGGUGCUGCUGGCGCUGUGGCGCAACAAGCGCUUCCACAGCCGCAUGUACUUCCUCAUCGGCAACCUGGCGCUGUCCGACCUGCUGGCCGGCGUGGCGUACGUGGUCAACAUCUUCACCUCGGGGAGGAACACCUUCUUCCUGACGCCGGCGCAGUGGCUGGUGAGGGAGGGCAGCAUGUUCGUGGCGCUCAACGCCUCCACCUUCAGCCUGCUGGCCAUCGGCAUCGAGAGGCACAUGACCAUGGUGCGGCUGCGCCCGUGCGAGACGGCGAGCCGGGGGAGGCUGCUGGGUCUGCUGGCGGCGUGCUGGUCGGUCUCCGUGCUCCUGGGCGCCCUGCCCAGCCUGGGGUGGAACUGCUUGGAGCGCCUGGGCUCCUGCUCCACCGUGCUGCCGCUCUACGCCAAGAGCUACGUGGCCUUCUGCAUCAGCGUCUUCAGCGCCCUGCUGGUCGCCAUCGUCAUCCUCUACAUCCGGAUCUACCGCCUGGUCACCUCCAGCGGACGCCGGGUCAGCAGCCGACCCUCCGAGUGCUCCCUGGCUCUGCUGAGGACCGUGGUGAUCGUCCUGGGCGUCUUCCUGGCCUGCUGGGCGCCGCUCUUCCUGCUGCUGCUGCUGGACGUGGGCUGCAGCCCCGCCAGCUGCCCCGUCCUCUACCAGGUGGACUGGUUCAUCGCCCUGGCGGUGCUCAACUCCGCCCUCAACCCGCUCAUCUACACGCUCUCCAGCCGGGAGAUGAGGGCCGCCUUUUUCCGCCUGCUGUGCUGCUGUCAGGGCGGCAUGGAGCCCUCGGGGAUACCGGGGGCGGGCAACCCGCACCUGGGCGCCGCCAUGCCCACCGCCGAGAACAGCAAGAGCAGCAUGGCGGGGGGCAACCCCGGGGUUCCGGAUAGAGGGAAGGUACCCAUGCCGAUUAAUGCCGACAGAAAACACGGAGAUCUUUCCGCCACCGCCUUGCCACCGGCAGACCUGCUGUCAGCCGUCCUGGGGAAGGCUGGGGCAUUCGGCAAGUUCUGACUAAACCCGAUCGGCACGGCAGAAGGAGUCGGCCAUAGGGCGCCAAAUAGAGGUAAAGUUCCCAUACCGAUUAACGCCGACAUAAAACACAGAGAUCUUCCCGCCUUGCCGCAACCUUCUGGACCGGCUGACCUGUUGUCGGCGGUCCUGGGGAAGGCUGGGGAAUUCGGCAAGUUCUGACUAAACCCGAUCGGCACGGCAGAAGGAGUCGGCCACAGGGCGCCAAAUAGAGGUAAAGUUCCCAUGCCGAUUAACGCCGACAUAAAACACAGAGCUCUUUCCGCCACCGGCAGACCUGCUAUCGGCCGUCCUGGGGAAGGCUGGGGCAUUCGGCAAGUUCUGACUAAACCCGAUCGGCACGGCAGAAGGAGUCGGCCAUAGGGCGCCAAAUAGAGGUAAAGUUCCCAUACCGAUUAACGCUGACAUAAAACACAGAGAUCUUCCCGCCUUGCCGCAACCUUCUAGACCUGCUGACCUGUUGUCGGCGGUCCUGGGGAAUGCUGGGGGGUUCGGAAAGUUCAGACAGAACUCGACCGGCACGGCAGAAGGAGUCGGCUACAGGGCGCCAAAUAGAGGUAAAGUUCCCAUGCCGAUCAACGCCAACAUAAAAAACGGAGAUCCUUCCGCCACCGGCAGACCUGCUGUCGGCCGUCCUGGGGAAGGCUGGGGCAUUCGGCAAGUUCUGACUAAACCCGAUCAGCACGGCAGAAGGAGUCGUCCACAGGGCGCCAAAUAGAGGUAAAGUUCCCAUGCCGAUCAACGCCGAGAUAAAACACGGAGAUCUUCCAGCCUUGCCGCAACCUUCUGGACCGGCUGACCUGUUGUCGGCGGUCCUGAGGAAGGCGGGGGCGUUCGGCAAGUUCUGACGGAACCCGAUGGGCACGGCAGAAGGAGUCGGCCACAGGGCGCCAAAUAGAGGUAAAGUUCCCAUGCCGAUCAACGCCGAGAUGAAACACGGAGAUCUUCCCGCCUUGCCGCAACCUUCUGGACCGGCUGACCUGUUGUCGGCAGUCUGGGUGAAGGUGGGGGGCAACCGGGGCUCAAUUGAGGGAAGUUACCCAUACCGAUAAACACGGAGAUAGAACAUACAGAUCUUCCUGCUUUGCCACACCCUUGCGGACUGGCGGUCCCGGUAAAGGCCGGGGGCGCUCGGCAAGAUCUGACGGAACCUGAUCGGCAAAGUUGGAAGUACACCUGAGCAAUCGAGUCUUUGUCAAAGAGAACUACAAUAAGUUGAACGUUGGACCUAGACCCUAACCCAGGGCUAUCACAGACUGACAGAUCAAAGGACGCGGGGGAACAUUUUGGUUGUUUUCACGGUCCAAACCAGUACCAACUGUAGAUUUUUGUCAAAGAUCUAGAAAGUGCUAUUUGAAUGCUGACUAGCCAGAGCUGAGCUGAAAUGCUAGCAAGUUAGCACAGAGGUCAAAUACAUUUGGUAAGGUCGCAUAUGACCCCAUUCCUGGGUGGAUUUUAUCUGCGAGGAAGGUGGGGGGGUUUAAUCAUUUUGCAAUGCAGUCUGCUGAAAAUGACAGAAAGCGCCACUCUAUGUAGCAAAGUUGGAAUUGACACAAAACACAUUUUAAGAUAUUCAGCACGCUACUGCCAUCUGGCGGCUAAGGUGGAUAGUGCACCCGCCCCCAAUUUGUCACAUUUCAUGUAUCAGGUGAACCACGACCAAUGGGGCCAUAUGAAUCCCUUUCCUAUUGUAGCGGCAAAUAACAAAAUAUAUGAGCAAAGUGAGCUUCAAAAGCUAGCAUGCUAAUGCUAACAGUAGCACGCUUACAGUUACCAUUAGUGAAAUACCAAAAUAUAUGACACUCAGGUGUGUAACUUAUCUAAAUAGCUUGAAUGCCAAUGUUAGCAUGCUAAAAUACAAACUGUAGCAUCAAAAUGCGAUGUUUACCUGCAAUCAUAGUUAAAAAAUGCUAGCAUGGUACUGUUAGCGUACAUCAAAUACCAAAAUAUGACUCUGGGGUAUAGCUAUAAAAUUUGCUAAAAAAUUAAAGAAAGCUAACGUUAGCAUGCUAACAGGUAGUAUUCGUCAAGUAACAAAAUAUUUGAGGCUGCGGUUUGUACCUGCAAAAUGUACACAAGGAAAGAAGCUAUAAUGCUAAUAUUAGAAUGCUAACAAUAGGGCCGUUAAAUAACUAGCUGGGUGCUGCAAAUGGCCCCUGGGCCGCACUUUAGACACCCCUGCCCUCAACCUCAACCUAACUCAAAUCACACUUCCAUUCCAUUCCAAUAUGUCAGUCCAAAUAAAACUUUUUCAAAGCGCAGACUGAAAAAAAUAAGUAAAAUUAAAAGAAAUAAAAAUUUUACACUUAAAAUUUAGCCGUCCUAUAAAAAACUCUGGAUUUAAAUCUUACGACUCACGAUUCAGUCGGGUUGAUGAUUCGAUUCUGGAGUCAAACCCAUUUUACCACACAUUUGCUGGAAAACCUUUUUCAAAGGGCAGAGAUGGACUCAAAAACCUACCGUAUUUCCUUAAACUGCCGCCGGGGCGCUAAUUAAUUUAAAACCUCUUCUCACUCCUGCCCUUACCAAAGGCAUGCGGUAAAAGUAAGCAUGCGCUAAUUAUUUCAAAACCUCCUCUCACUCCGCCACUUACCAAAGGUAUGCAGUAAAAAUUUGAGUGUGAUGUAAGCUUGGACCUUAAAUCCU